AUUUCUCAUUUAGGACAGAAAGUACAGUUAUGCCUAGACUGGCAGUGAAAAUUAAGAGUUUGGAAAACUUAUUUAAAAAAAUAAAAUCCAUGGGGAUAGAAUGUCCAAGUCAAACAAAGGGACUUAAUAGGCAAUUAUUAUCAAAUAUGGUAAUGUCCGGCUGCAAACUGUCAAGAUGGCGCUGGUUUCAAUGCAGCUUCAAAGAUGCAUCUUACAAACAAAUGCUCAAUGUCACUGUGGCAACCUUUGAUGUCGAACCUAUGAUUGAACCUUUGAUGAUAGAGAUGCCAGCUUACUUGGAAAUAGCACAACAAAUUCUGACUGACGCAGCUACAGCAAAAGGUUAUUUGUCGUUUUAGAUAGAUAGAUCAUAUAUGUGAUAUAAUGACAUCCAAGGAUCAACUCGGCCACCAGAGAGGAUCCAGUAAGAGAGAGGAAACCAGCAAGAUGUUCCAGGCACCUGAUCUCCGAAAAGUCACAGUGUUGACCAAGGCUGACUUACAGAGGAUUCAAAAUGAAGUCCACCAGAUUGAUAGAGAUAAGGACAGUAUGAAAGAGGCGGAGAACCAGAGAAAAGCCCUGCACCUGAGGUCAAAGCAGAUGGUGAAAGAGUGGCCCAAUACCAUCGCUAGCCAAAGACAAAAGAUGCUGGAGGCGAAGAAGAUCCGGGAACAGAUCAAGGAAGAGAAAAGGAAGCAGAUGGAUCAAGAAGAGGCUGAAUACAGGGAACAACAACGUAAAGAGAUCGUUGAGAAAACAAAGACUCAAAUGUUCGAUCAGACCGACCGAGUCAAAGGAUUACAUAGUGCACUCUUGAUGACAGAGGUGAUGAAGGAGAGGGAGGCUCAGGUUGAGCUGAAGAAAAGGAUAAAGAGUGCCACUAAAGAUGUGGAAAAAGAAUACAUGAAUUUGGUGGAGAUGAGAAAGAAUGAUGCUCUGAUGCAGGAGGAAGAGAAAGCGCUCCAGAGGAAGCUUGAGAGACUGGCUAUUGCAGAGGAGCAGAAAAAACAGAUGAAGAAAGGUGAGUCGGCCAGAGAGAAAAAAGAGACAGAGAUCAAGAAGGACAGAGAGGAAAACCUUCGCCUUCAUGAGCGUUAUCUGUUGGAGCAGAGAAUGGAGGAAGAACGACAAGAGGAGCAGAAGAGAAUCCUGAAGCAAGCUCAACUGGAACACGUCACUGAAAGAAACCUCAUGAGAGCAGCAGAGGCACAAAAACAGGCGGCUGAAGAGGAGCAGAGGAAAUUGAUUCUCUCUGAAAAAGAAAAAAUGAUGAAGUUAAAGAAAGAGAAAGAAACUGAGUUGUUCAGAGAGGCCCAGAGGCGGAGAGAGGAUUUCAUGAAGAAACUGACAGACCAACAGCAGGAUCUAACUAUCAGCGAGGAUCAGAGGAUUGCUAAUAUCAUCGCUGAACAGGACGCCAGACGUGAGCAGCAGCGGAGGGAGAAGGAGGAGAAGAAGACUGCAGUGUUGAAAUCCUUCAUUGAACACAGACAACUGAUGAGAGAAGAAAAGGAGCAGAGGGACAAAGAAGAGCAACAGAGAGCCAGAGACAUGCUUGAGGCCAUAAAUGAGGCUGAUAUAUUAUUUUGUGAGAAAGAAAAAGUGAAGACUCAGAGGAUCAGAGAAGAUCUGAGAAAGAUACAAGACUACAAUUCAACACAAACGGCCGCAAAAACUGCCAGGCAACAGCAACUGAGACGAGAGGAAGAGGAGUUUGAGGCAAAGACCAGAGACCUCGUGGCUGAAGAAGAAAAGCAGUUUCAACUCUAUUCACAGCAGGUCAUCCAUGCAGCAGCAGAGGCUCAGCGAGACGUCCUCCCACUUCGCAAAGCUGCGAGGGGAGGGAUCGGAGGAGGACUCGGUCCUGUUUUCGGGGGAGUCAGGCCCAGCUACAUGGUUCAGGACUGCAGCGGUGCUCAAAUGCCUAACAACAUCUCUGGUGCUACCCAGAACAUUAAAGGGCUUCAGAGAGAGUAGAUAUUCAGGAAGCAAAGAAGAGACUGGGGUUUAUGUGGUGAAAACUACAAUGUUUGCAAGAGGAGUUUCAUAUGACCUCAUAUGACUUUUCUUGUCACGUUAUUACUACUCAAGGCAUAAAAAUGUCUCCUUAAUAUUCAUACCCAUUUGUGAUCAGAUUCCUUCUCUCUCUUAUUACUGUUUUAGUUUUUCAGUAAAAACAAAAACAAACUUGUCCGUCGUUGAGGUUUUGUCCUUAUUUUCUAUAAAUGUUAGACUGUAAUGCUAGGAGAAGAACGCCUAAACCAUGGUUUUCUCUUGAGAUGGGCUAAAUGUUUGAGUGGGGGGGAGGUUGGAGAGUUGAAAUGGCGUCUUGUGUUGUUGAGCAGUGGUCUCCAGAAGGUCCAGUGUAGCAGCACUAAGUUCACAGUGUCUGGUCGUCUCCUGUACAUGCAGGUCCUUGUCCUUCAUCGUCCGGUUUAAGAGCUCACCAGCACAUACACUGUUUCCUAUGUCCACAAUUCUUUUUCAUGCCUUUAUGAUUUAUUUAUACUGACUUUGAACAGGAUAUCUAACUUCAGAGCUACAUUUUUAAUGGCAAGAUUUCGAUGAGACAUCUUGACCCAUGUCAAGACUGAGAAUCUCAAUCAGACCCAGACAAUGAACAUAAACUGUGACUUGAGAAGCAGAAGCUUUUACUGUGAAUAUUCAUUGUAUUUUGUGAGGAUAAAAUAAACCUAUCCCCCCAAAUGCUUCUCAUCUUUUAAGUGGAGCUUCUGAAAUGUGGAGUAAGUUCAUGGGGGGAAAAAAGGAAAUCGCGCCAGGGUUGAGGGUUCGUGGGGAAUAUUCUCAUCAUGGUACACAGUAAGAAGCCCAGCACAGAAGAGACACCAAUGUGUUGGUGUGUAUAAAGAGAAGACUGGCCAUGUGCUCCAGAAAGCUCGGCCGAACACGGGAAGCAGUUAAAAUGAUGAGAGAUGAGAGGGAAUGUUUCCUGGAAACUAUGUGGAAAAGAUCUAGACUUGGUCUCUGGGGUCAAAGGUCAACGGAGCUCUCAACACAUGGAAGAGGAAACAGCUGAUGACUGAAUAUGUCAGUCAACCUCUUCUUUCUUUAAAGUAUAAAAUUGCACUAGUGACUU